ACAAACCGUGUGGAUGGUGGACCGGUGAAUGUUCACAUUUUGUGUGUCUUAGGUAUAAUUUGAUAGAUUACUAAAGAAAUACGUGGAUCAUUUUUCGAGGCAGAUGUUUUCUGUUACACCUUUCCCAGAGUUUAUGCGGAAGUUGCGCCGCAGUGGAGAUGUUGUAACUUAUCUAACGUUAAUGUCAGUUAACACGUUAGCUAGCUAGCUGAAUGAGUAUCCAGUCAUAGAAACUGGCAGUGUUUGCUAAGGUUAGUUGUAGCAAUGUAUAUCAAAGACCAACCAAACUGCUUGAGCCAGAAUUACAGAAAUGUCUAUUAGGAAAGAGGUUUUUCAAGCAAAAGUUCUUCAAAAGCUUUACCCAGCACCCGCUGAACUAAAGCUUGAGAAAGUUAUCGACCCACCUUCUACUACUAAAGUUGAAUCAAUUGGUAAUAAAGAUGGUGUCAUUGCAACAAGCAACAAACCUGUCAAAGGAAAUGGUGAUGGGGGAAUACCAACGUUUGCGGGUAGAAGGCUUUACACCGUGCUUCCACCUCCAGAGGGAUACAGAGGUGGUGCGGAGUUACCAGUGGUAGGCCCUGCACUAGAGAGUACAAGCAAAGGGAGUGAUCAGAGUGAGGAGGCCGACGACAUCCAAGAGGAGCAACCAAGGAGGAGGAGGAAGAAGAAGGUAUCAGAGGUCCCAGCAGAUCGAUCCGAGGGGAAGGAGAGUGUCACGGGGUCAGAGGUCGACGGCGCCCAGACGACGAGCGCUGCAGAGCGGCUCAGCCGUAACAAGAAGCGGAAGCUUAAGAAGAAGCGGCACAAAGAGAAACUGCGGAGCCUUGGCCUGGCACCCCCGGCCUCCGCCGUCGAGUUCACCUACCAGCACACGGAGGACACAGAGGAAGAGGACAAAACGGAAGACGAGGAGGAGGAGAAGGAAGAGUUUAACAACGAGCAUGCCAAUGAAGUGCUGGAAUUCCUGGAGACCACACUGCAGACCUACAUCUCGGAUUGUUCUUCUCCUGAGAGAACGCCUCCUAGUGGUGCCGUCGCUCUCCUUGGCAGCCUGUCUGACAGAACGGCGCCCCCUGGCGAGCUGGCUCGCCUGCGCGGCCUGAAGGACCUGGUACUGCGGCGGAGUGUGGAGGAGCUGAGCCGGGCACUGGAGGAGUUCCGCAGCAGCACGGCCAUCUCUCUGGAGGAGGCCUCUGCUGUCUACACUCUCUUUCACUAUUGGAUCACAGACAUUUUCCCUUUGGGUGCAGAAGUCCUGAAGACGUAAGGCAGCAGAUUCACUUGCUAACAAGGAAUCUUCUCUAUGAGGAGUAUGACCUGACAAGUUUUUACCAUUUUGUAAUAAAACUGGAUUCUGAACAA